GGGACGACGGCGAGGACGUGGAGGACCUGCAGACGGAGAUCGUGGAGAAGGAGUCUGUCAUAUCAACGCUCUCAACGCAGAGGCAGCUGCGGCUCCAGGACGCCAAGAAGGUCGAGGCCAAGGCAGCCAAGAUUAAGGAAUGGGUCACCAACAAGCUGAAGGAGCUGGAGGACCAGAACGCCCACCUGCGGGAACAGAACGCUAAAUGCAACGUCCAGCUGGAGCUUCUGCGGGGUCGUCUCGCCCACCUGUCCUCCAUGCACAACGAGAAGGACCGUGACACCGAGCGGUUAUGGAAAAGGAGGUCCCUAAGUCUACCUAAGGAUUCGUCGCGUGGGAGUUACGAAGGGGAUCGACCCGACAGCGACGAGAGCCUGCACGACGGCCGAAACGACGUCGGCUACAUCCCGUCCCGCCCUGCGACGCUCGGGAGGGACCGUCGAUCCAAGUCCAGGUCCCCCGCCGGCCUGAGAAGAGCCAGCUCGAGCGACACGGACGCCAACUACGGCGAGAUCCGCUUCAAGUCCCGCCACAACGGCGUGCCCCGCACUGGCGGCCUCGAGAGGAAGCGCUACGACGACGAGAAGAUCCGGACGCGGGACUCGCGCGUGGACUCCGGCUCGGUGGACCUGGAGACGCCCCAGAGCCUCAGCCCCAAGAGCCCCCUGGAGGUGAUGCUCAACAGCCUGACGCAGAGCACGGGCAGCCUCCCUAGGAGCGGCUCGCGCGCCGGCAGCCGAGGGGAGAGCCCGCGCAAGCCCGUGCCGCAGCCCAGGACCAAGCACCUGAAGAAGGGCGGCAGCCUGCAGUCCUCCGUGACCAAAAGCGCCGACAGCUUGGACUUGGAGCUGGACGGCUACGACAACACGGAGAGCACGGACUCCAGCCAGCUCGCUCGCUCCGGGGACAGCCACCUCAGCGACGACGGUAGGAGAUCGCGCGCCAAGGACGAGGCGCACGACUACAGCGAGAUCUACACGCCCAGCCGCGACCACGCCCGCUGGCCCGGCGACUCCGAGACCAACGGGGAGAAGCCGCCCACGCCCCCGCUCCACCGCUUCCCCUCGUGGGAGUCCAGAAUAUACCAGGUCGCCCAGGAAGGCCUCUCGGGCUCCGGCGCAGCGACCACCGCCGACACGAGCGCCCGCAUGAGGACUUCCGGCCUGGGCAGCUACCCUGAAAUCCACGUGCCGGUUUACGCUGCGGUGAAAGGCCGUGCUAGCCAGAUCCGGUCGGUGCCGUUCACGGGCGACUCCUCGGACUCGUCAGACGGCGAGGACCACUGCGGGGGCUCAGACUCCCGCGGGCUCUCGUCCCACACGCCCUCGUCCUCGGCGGAGUCCUCGUCCAGCUCGCCCUCGAAGAGCAAGACGUCGUCCCUGUCCCCGGCCAAGCUGUCGGGGUCGUCGCCCUCCAAGAGCAUGAGAAGGGAUAGCAGUCGUUUAUCCCAAGAUUCAGGAGACUAUGCUGACUAUGCCAUCCCGCCAGAUGCUAUGCCAGAUGCUAUACCAGACGCUAUACCUACCCUUAAGCUACCGGACACUUCCUUUGAGUCUGGCGUGUCUGAUGACUACGCAAUUCCACCAGAUGCUCGGAGUGACAGUGGGUCUCUGGAGUCAACUUUAGCUCCCACCACUACGAGUGCAAGGACGUCAUGCGUAGAAACCACAACCAACACACUUACCUCAAGCCACAUUGGCACUGUGUCACCCCGCCGUGAGAGUUCAUUAGAGAAGAAUGGAUACCUGACAAAACUUGGUGGGAAACUGAAAACUUGGAAAAAACGAUACUUUGUUCUCAAGGAUGGAACCUUAACCUACUGGAAGAGUCAGAGCGAUAUACACCGAAAACCAGCAGGUCAAAUCACCCUCAAUGAAGUCUGCCGUGUUACCCGAUCUGAAGGGGCACACACCUUUGAAGUCAAUACAGGCAAGAAGACCUACUACCUCACAGCAGACAAUACUGCUUUGGUUGAGGACUGGGUUAGAGUUCUCCAGAAUGUGUUGCGACGUAAUGCCACAAAACUCCUUUUGAGUAAAGAAGACAACAAACCAACCAUACAAGGAUGGCUGACAAAGGUGAAGCACGGCCAUGCACGGCGCUGCUGGUGUGUCCUUAUUGGUAAAAUGUUCAUCUAUUUCAAGAGCCCUAAUGAUCAGAAUCCUAUUGGUCAAAUCAAUAUGAGGGAUGCCCGUGUGGAGGAAGUCGAAAAGGUUUCUGAUUCUGAAGGGGAUGACCCUGCUGAUGAUGACACUCCCAAGGAGGAUCUGACAAUUGGUAUAUUCCCAUCACACCAAGGUCCAACAUACCUCAUUAUGCCCAAUAAACAGGAUAAGGAUGGUUGGUUAUACCACCUAACUGUAGUGUCUGGAGGAGGUCCUAAUGCAGGAACACAGUAUGAGCAGUUAGUUCAGAAAUUGAUGGAACUUGAUGGAGACCCAAAUUGCGUAUUGUGGAGGCACCCUCUGCUCCUACACAGCAAAGAUCCCAUCACCUCUCCUUUGACCUCUCUCCCGUCCUCCCAGUUGCAGGCUGAGGCUAUCAAGCUGUUCAAGUCUUGCCAGUUGUACACCUCUGUGCUCAUGGACUCUUCGGGUAUAGAUUACCAUGUGGUUCUGUGUCAGAAUGCUCUCCAGCAGUGCCUCACAUACCCUGAACUACAAUCAGAACUCUUCUGUGGACUCAUCAAGCAGACAUCGAAGCACCUGCAAGCUAAGCCAGGGGUCCAGGUAACCAAGACACUGAACAAAAUCAAGCACUCCCGAAAUUUGUUGCUCUGUGCCACCCAGUCACUCUUCUUGUGUGAUUCCUCUGGCGCGCAGAAGGCAUCCCCAACACUAGGAAGUGGACAGCCCUUGCCUGCCGAUCCCAAGAUCAACCCUCCAUCAUUCACCUUCAUCCAGGCCUGGCAGUUCUUGGCUUUGGCCGUUUCUCUCUUCGUGCCUAAAAAUAAUAAACUUCUGUGGUACCUCAAACUUCAUCUUCAAAGGAAUGCUGAUACAAAGUCUGAAGUUGGCAAAUAUGCAGCUUACUGUCAACGAGCUUUAGAAAGAACCCUAGAAAAUGGGGGUCGUGAAGCAAAGCCAUCUAGAAUGGAGGUCCUGUCUAUCCUACUUAAGAACCCUUACCACCACUCUCUACCCCAUGCCAUACCCGUCCACUUUAUCAACGGAACUUACCAGGUCAUUGGAUUUGAUGGGUCCACCACCAUUGAUGAAUUCUUGAUAUCACUGAACCAAGAGAUUGGUUGUCGUGAUGUCCACCAGUCUGGGUUUGCGUUAUUCUCAGACGAUCCCAUUGAGAAAGACUUAGAGCACUGUCUCAAUCAUAAUGCGAAGCUCUGUGAUGUUAUUUCAAAAUGGGAGACUGCCCUCAGAGAGAAGGGAUCGGGCAAGUUUGAGAACACCAAAGUUAUUCGCCUUCUCUACAAGUCUCGCUUGUAUUGUCGUGCAGCAGCAAAACAUGAAACAGACCGAGAGAAACUGUUGCUUUGCUACCAGGUCAACCAGCAGAUUCAGCAAGGCAAAUUCCCCAUCACCAGAGAACUUGCUUUAGAACUGGCAACACUCAUGGCCCAAAUUGACAUGGGUGAAGUUAACAGUGAAAGAACAAGAGGGUCUGGCUCAUCAGGUCCUUCCUCAGCACACAUCCAGCAGGCAUUCAGCAAGUUCUAUCCUGCAAGAUACCGAGAGGACCUGAAUGAAGAAGAAACAAAAACUGUGCUUGAUAGUUUGCAAGAAAAAUGGAUUGGAUUACGAGGAAGAACGCAAGGUGACUGCGUCCGCAUAUAUUUAACAUGUACAAGGAAGUGGCCAUAUUUUGGAGCCACUCUGUUUCCUGCAGCUACACCAUCCCCAGAGGGACCUCCAACUCCUGUGUGGGUUGCUGUCAGUGAAGAUGCCAUUACCUUACUGGACCAAAGCAGUAUGGCAUCCAUCGUCAGGUAUGGGUAUAGUUCUGUGGUGACAUUUGGCGGCUGUCAGGAGGACUUCAUGCUGGUAGUCCACACACCAGAGGAGGACGGCUCUCACCAUCCCCCUGGGACGCACAAACUACUCUUGUGCAUGAAUAAACCAAAGAUCUUAGAAUUGACUCUACUUAUUGCUGACUACAUGAAUGCUCUUGGUCGGCCAGUGCCAGGAACUCCCCAGACAGGAACACUGACUCGUCAUGGUUCAAGAAGGUCAGCUCGUUCUCACAUGACUUCAGUCCCAGGACAGCCUGACUUACUAAAAAUGACAACUGAAGUGGAUAGCAAACUUCAACGCUUAGAUGCCAAAAGGAGGGCACAAGUAGACUCCUCUGUUGUCUGACCCGCAGUGCAUGCUAGGUCAUCCUGAGUAAGGUUUAUGCUCGGCCCAACUGCUACACUGUGAUAGGCAUGUCACUUUUACAGUUGUUCCCAGUUAAAGGAGGUUUUUCAAUAAUGUGUUUUCCUUUGCUUUGUUAAGGAAGCUAUGUUUUAUUGAAGAAAUCUUUUUUUGAAAGGAAUGGUACAGCAAGGCAUCUCUAAGACACUGGAGAGGGUGUGAAGAAAACGGUUGUGUAUGGCGCACAAAAAAGUAAAAUUAUGAAUUGGAGAGUCUGCUGUAUGGCCGAGCAUAGUUCAUAUAAUGUGCUUUCUGUAUAUAUAUAUUUUUUAUUUUUUAGUACAGACAAUAUUUUAAAUUAGUGACCUCACCUGUAAAGAAUGGAUAACGAAGAUGGGUGAUCAAAUUAAAAGAGAGAAGCAUUUAUCAGGGCACUUUAUCGAUGUUUCUUCCAUGGUGAAAAAACAUCUAAUCAAGUCCUAUAUUUAAUCAUGUGCCUUAUGCUGCACUUUAAAUCCAUGAAAGUCAUCAUUUUUGAAUAGGUUAUGUAUGGCUGAGAUUAUUUGCGGGCUUACAAUGGCAGCUGUAAGUCCUUUUUUUUUUAUUAUAUGGAAAGGGAAUGGUCAAAAAUGCUUUAAAGCCCUAGUCUGUGGUAUUUCUAGUCUACAGAAAGCAGAAAGAAAAUCAAUAAUUGGAAAGGGUCAUGGAAAUUUAUGAAAGUAAAUUAAAGUUGAUCUUAGGUAGUAUUAAAGACUUCCUAAAAGUUAUGAGAAUAAAGUCUUGGCAAGGUAUUUCCAUACUAUAUGAAGACAGAUGGAUUAUGAAGAUUCAGAUAAUUUAUUGAUAAUUUGCCCAAAUAUGCCCCCUUUUACAUUUACAAUAUCAUAUGGAAAAGGUAAAUUCUAAUUUAUUUAGAACUUUAGUUGACAUAUGGAGAGAAUGAGUUUAGUAUAACUGGACAAUCUGCAGUCACACACUUGAACUUUGAAUGGUGAUUAUCAGGCAACGAAAAGUCCUCUUUUUUCUGUAAAGGAUGGUAAGUGACGUUGCACAUGUAAAAAUAUCUACAUUCAUGUUAUUCAUCUUAUAUUCUUUAUGAUCAGUGAAAAUUUGUGUAUGUAGAGCUUGUCAUGUACCAUGUAUUUUUCAUUGUGCUAUUGAUCAAAGGUGCCAUAACUGCUAGUCAGAAUGUAUAAACUGAGUCAUGUAGAACACCAAAUCUGAUAAAAAGUAUGCCUUCCAGGAUUUUAUAAUUAAGGACAAGUAUGAAAUUUCAUGCUGUGUGUAUAUAUAACUUGACUUAUCAAUAUGUGGUAGCCACAUAUUUUAAACAAGCAAAUGUCACAUUGCACAUUGUUAAACAUGUGUCCAGUUACUAUAAGCAGGUUGACUUAACCUGUAGUGGGACACACAAAACAAAAAUGUCUAAAGUUAGUCUCAUGACUCACGUAGCAAUGGACUGACAACUUAUCUUCUAUACCUUUAGCUAGAUUAUGUAAAUAGUGCUUUCCUUUUAUAUUUCCAUUUUGUGAGAAUUUUGUAUGUAAUCUGCAUAACCCCAAUGUGGUAUGAUAAGAGAGUUUUGGGAAUGUUCCUGCUAUGCCUUACACACAUCUCCACAAUGUAUUAAUGCUCACCUAUAUGUAAAGAUAUACUUGUGCUCAUACAAACCCACCCCAGUUUUAUGUUAAUACAGUUGCUCUCUUGUCCUUUAAAUUUGAUAGGCCUUAUCCCCCAAAUAUAUCUUUGUUGUUUCCACAAAGAAAAUUGUAUGAAAAGAGCUUUUCCAUCCAUACAACUGAACAGAAAAGUGUUUACACUAUAUUGGCACUUAUAUACAU